ACCAUUAUUGAGAGAGAAAGAGAGAGAGUUCUUUUAGGUUAUCAUGCGAGGAGGUGCCUCGCUUAGUGACGUUUCUGUCACACUGCCUUGUCAAGUUUUCCAUUGUUUAUUUCAGCAUGACAUAUUUAAACCAACCGGAUUAUGUGCGUUAUAUAUGCAACUGCGGUUCCUUGAAACCUAUAUCAAAGAUAUAUUUCUGCCGACACUGCUUGAAGAUACGAUGCGGCUAUUGUGUCUGUCAGGAGGUGGACUCUCAUUACUGUCCUAAUUGUAUGGAAAAUUUACCAUCGUCAGAAGUACGCCUUAAGAAGAACAAAUGUUCCAAUUGCUUUGACUGUCCUUGUUGCUUUCAAACAUUAUCUACAAGAGCAGGUCUAGCACCUGUGAGAACAAUAUUAACAUCAUCAGAAGCAGAAGAAGCCAAGGAUGUUAAGGCUACGCCUAAAAAGGUAUAUUAUCUUUUCUGUUCGCUGUGUCGUUGGAGCUCUCGUGAUGCAGGCAUACCUGAUCAAUCAGUAGCAACUGGAGGUUGGCCUGAGCUAGAAAAUCCACAUACGACGCGAAUCAAUGCUCUCAUUGAUUAUCACAAAAUAUUAGCGUCUAUAGAGAAGCAACAGUGCGAGAGAAAAAAGUUUCGUCCGAAACGCUCAUUUAUGCCAGCCACAAUGUACAGUUUCACAUCCGCUUUGGUUCGUAAACGAAUCGGGCAUCCCAUCAAACCGCCGGCACAGUCUCAGUCAACCGCUCAACCGGCACCAUCCGUUGCGAGCGAGGAAGUGGAAGAAUUGCCGAGCGAUAUAUUCACGGAGCCUGUGGAUAUAACUAAACUCACUACGUUGGAGCAAAGAUUGCAACACCCGGAUGCGCAGGCCGAGAAGAUAAACGAAUUGCGUCCACAGCACAGGCAGUUUUUAGUUAAGAGGUCCCAGCGUUGCCGAGUGUGCGAGCAUAACGUCAGCAAAUCCGAUCUUUGCCCGCAAUCUACAAAAUUCAAGAUUCUGUUAGCCGCGCUUUAUCAUAUCCCGGAGGUAAAGAUCGUCACUUGCGAACCACUGCGACCGGGCAAAGCGAGCGAGCUGCUCCUGAAAUUCUGCAACCCGACGCAGCAUCAGACUCAGAUAACUAUAUUGCCGCUGGACACCUCGUUGUCCACCUCGCUACUUGAGGAAAAGGAGGAUCUUAAGCAGGAAAAUACGCAACAAGGAUGCGAGUCUCCAAAUUUACUGCCGUCUACCGUGCGACAAGUGCCCGUGACGGAAGAUCCUAAGUCGAUAAAAGUUGCACCCAAUGCGGAUCUGGUGUUGCCUCACAGCCCGCUGAUCCUACCGCCAAGGGACGACGCCGCCGAGUACGAUGAUACAAGUGAUAAUCACAAUUUUCAGGACGAUCCGAAGCUCGUAGUGUGGCGGAAGGGAAAUAAAGCUGUGAUACGUUUACACGUAACCCCAUAUGAAAAUAACGAGAACGAGGAGCCGAUAACAGUCGGUUUUGUCAUGCAACACGGAUAUGUGAACACUAUCGCAACGCUCGAGCAUAAACCGCCGCAGAAAGUAGAUGUGAAAGUCAAAUUGUAUCUCACCGUUGGUCAGCUGGUCGGUGAAGCAUAAUUUUCUUCGGUUUUAUCGUAAUAUAUAAAUAUGUGAAUUAAUUACAAAUGAUAUAUAAGAUCCGCACUAAUCAUGUAAUCGUAACAGCUAUAUCACACGAAUGCUUCGUAUAUUUUUGCCACAACGGCUGAUUACAUUGUACUAAGGAUAUUCUACACAUACUCGACUGUAUAAUUACUAUUGCAAUAUUUUUUAGUAAUUUGUGGUCGACCUCUGACAUUAACUUAUUUGUAAUUAUCCAUCACGAAGUUACAACUAUUUAGUGUGAAGCUGUUUGCUCUUAAUAAACUGUAACGAUAAUAACAAAGAAUAAAUAAAACUUAUAAUUCCUA